AUGAUCCCCACGACGUCCUCUGGGGCCGCUGGAAUCGGCACCGUGAGCGGACAGUCGGUAGAUGCGGGUUGUGGUUCUUUCGUUUGUUUUACCCCAUCCGAUCGGAGUGACAGCAUCCGUUCAACUGCCUACAACGUCCCAGGUUUCUUCGGUGAUUCAAUGCGCGUAAUGUAUUCCCUUUUCCAGUCUGGCAAGUUAACCGACGUGACACUCCGUGUCGAUCAGCUUAAGAUAGCUUGCCAUCGUGUCGUUCUCAUGGGGGCUUCUCCCUAUUUCCGCGCCAUGUUUACCUCUGGUAUGAAAGAGGAAGGUGUACCUGAGAUCCGCCUCCACUAUCUCAGUCCCCUGGCCUUGAAUCGGCUCGUACAGUUCGCAUACACUGGGGAAAUUUGUGUGAGCGAACAGAAUGUCUGCGAGAUUCUCUCUGCUGCUAUAAUGCUACAGAUAACCGCCGUGAUCAAUGUUUGUGCCCAGUUCCUUGAGUGCCAGCUGCACGUCUCCAACGCUCUGGGAUUGCACGACUUUGCCACAUCGGUCGGUUGCCUCGCACUUGCUCGGAAAACCCAAGUUUUUGUGGAUCGCAACUUCUCUGAAAUUGUAAAGCACGAUGAAAUACUAGGGCUUACGUCGACACAGCUGAUAAACCUCAUUCAGCGAGACGAAAUUCACGUGAGGACAGAGGCGGAGGUAUACAAUACGGUGAUAAGAUGGGUGAACCAUGAUAAGGCAAGUCGCCUGGUGAACCUAAUGGACUGUCUUGCCCUGGUUCGGUGCCAUGCUCUCUCUCCGGCAUUUAUUCGAAACCAGAUUAAAAACUGCAGCCUGCUGGCCGAAGUCCCCCAGUCCCGCUCACACAUGCAGUCUGUUCUUAACGAUCUUCUCCAACACAAAAAUGUUCCCGUCAGGUGGAGAGCUGAUGCCCACGCCCAGACCAUCUACUCCGCUGGUGGAUAUCUGCGAUACUCCCUUAGUAACUUCGAGGCGUACAAUCGGGCGACAGAUACUUGGCAUCGUCUGCCCGACCUUCCGAGUCCCAGAAGUGGUCUGGCGGCUUGUUCGGUGCGCGGUUGCGUGUACCUGGUUGGUGGGAGGAAUAACAACGAGCAGAACAACGUGGAUGCACCCCACAUGGACUGUUACGACCCCACGACCAACAAGUGGCGCACCUGCGCUCCAAUGUCCGUUCCCCGAAACCGUGUUGCUGUCGGCGUCGUGGAUGACAUGAUUUACGCCAUCGGAGGUCUCACCAAUACGAUGCACCACAAGACUGCCGAAAAGUAUGAUGUAGACGAUGACCUCUGGAUUCCCAUCGCACCGAUGCAUUACCCUCGAAUAGGCCUUGGCGUGGCCGUCGUGAACAGGCUCCUCUACGCUGUCGGAGGCUUCGAUGGCGAGAAGCGUCUGUCGAGUGUGGAGCGCUACGAUCCCGAGACAGACGCCUGGGUGGAAGUGGCUCCUCUCAAUCGCCCUCGGUCUGGUGCUGGCGUUGUGGCCAUUGGUCAGUACAUCUACGCUGUUGGCGGCUACGACUCGCGCAGUCAACUUAGGAGUGUGGAACGCUUUGAUACAGAGCAGAACAUCUGGGAAUACAUGGCCUCAAUGUUGCACCCCCGUUCAGCCCUCGCUGCCUCCGUGUUGGAUGGAAACAUCUGGGUUUUCGGUGGAUACGACGGCAAUGAGUUCCUAUCUAGUGUUGAGGUUUACGACCCUUCUCGCAACCUAUGGACCAAAACAACUGUCAUGCCCUGCGGCAAGUCAGGCCACGCUGUUGUGACAAGCCGGGAGCCCGUCGCCGCGAUCGCCGCAGACUCUGCCGCUAUCAAGUAA